AACGAUUGGACGUUCAUACCUCUGCCCUCUCGGUCCGAAGCGGUGUGCACGUUCGAGUUGGAUUUUGAUGAUAGCUUCGCGUGUACUCUGAAGAGCUGUAAGGAGGAACUCUCUAACUACAGAUUCAGGAACUUCUCCUUCUUUCUCUUGGAUACCUUCCAAUCAAGCAGGAGAGACCAGCCUCCACUGUACCCAGCUGUGUGUCCAUGAAGAGUGACUGGUCUAUACGUGAACCUGUAAACUUUAGAGAGGGAGCCUUUUCUACUGAACAAAGAUGCUUGAAGAGAAUAUUAUGAUAUUUGUGAAGAACGAGCUGAAGCUGUUCAAGAGGAUUCUUAGUCCAGAACUCCCAGAAGGCUUUGAAAGUCAGAAGCAGGAUAAGGAAGUGGUGGAUUCUGAAGAUGAGAAGCAGGAGAGCAGUGCCAGAGAGGGGGCUCUGAAGAUCACACUGCACGUCCUGAGGAAAAUGAACCAGGUGGAGCUUGCUGACACACUGGAGAACUAUUCAGAUGAUCCUGCUGUGAUUUGCCAACGUGAACUCAAAUGUAAUCUAAAGAAGAAGUGUCAAUGUGUAUUUGAGGGGAUCGCUAAACAAGGAAACCCGACACUUCUCAAUAAGAUCUACACAGAGCUCUACAUCACAGACGGUGGAACAGGAGAGGUCAAUAAUGAACAUGAGCUGAGACAGAUUGAGACAACAACCAGGAAACAAGCAAGACUAGAGACUGCAAUCAAAUGGAACGACAUCUUCACACCCUUAACUGGACAAGACAAACUUAUCAGAACUGUGCUGACAAAGGGAGUCGCUGGCAUUGGAAAAACAGUUUCUGUGCAGAAGUACAUUCUAGACUGGGCUGAAGGAAAAGCAAAUCAGGAUGUGCAAUUUUUAUUUUCAUUCCCUUUUCGGGAGCUGAAUUUGAUGAAAGAGAACAAACACACUUUCAUUGAACUUCUCAAUCACUUCUCAAUGGAAACCAAACAAUCAGGAAUCUCCCUCUACAACAAGUACAAAGUUCUGUUCAUCUUUGAUGGUCUGGAUGAGUGCCGACUGCCCCUAGACUUCCAGAAGAACAAAAUCUGUUGUGAUGUCACAGAGUCAACCUCAGUGGAUGUUCUGCUGACAAAUCUCAUCAAGGGAAAUCUGCUUCCCUCUGCUCUCCUCUGGAUAACUACCAGACCUGCAGCAGCCAAUAAGAUACCUUCAGAGUGUCUUGAUCUGGUGACAGAGGUAAGAGGGUUCAAUGACCCACAGAAGGAGGAGUACUUCAGGAAGAGAUUCAGUGACGAGGACCUGGCCAGCAGAAUCAUCUCACACAUAAAGACAUCAAGGAGCCUCCACAUCAUGUGCCACAUUCCAGUCUUCUGUUGGAUUUCUGCAACAGUCCUUGAACACAUGCUGGAACAUAAGAGAGAAGAGAUGCCCAAGACUCUGACUGAGAUGUACACACACCUUGUGGUGUUUCAUACCAAACAGAAGAAUGAAAAGUAUCUUGGGAAAGAAGAGACAGGUCCACACUAGAAUAAAGAGAGCAUUCUGUCACUGGGAAAACUGGCUAUUUAACAGCUUGUGAAGGGCAAUCUGAUUUUCUAUGAAGAGGACCUGAAAGAGGCUGGUAUUGAUGUCAUUGAAGCCUCAGUGUACUCGGGAUUGUGCACACAGUUCUUUAAAGAGGGAUGUGUGCUGUACCAGGAGAAGGUGUACUGCUUUGUUCAUCUGAGCAUUCAGGAGUUUCUGGCUGCUGUAUAUGUGUUCCUCUCAUUCAUCAACAACAACGAGAAUCUAAUGGACAAACAGCAAACAAAGUCCAAUAACUUUUCUUUGCUAUUCAGAGACUAGCCUGAAGUUAGUUUCUACAAGAGUGCUGUGGAUAAAGCCUUACAAAGUAAGACAGGAAACCUGGACCUUUUCCUCCGCUUCCUUCUGGGCCUCUCACUGGAGUCCAAUUAGAAGUACUUACAAGGUCUACUGACAAAGACAAGCAGCUCACGGAGCCAUGAAGAAACAGUCAAGUACAUCAAGGAGAAGAUCAGGGAGAAUCUUUCUCUGGAGAGGAGCAUCAAUCUGUUCCACUGUCUGAAUGAACUGAAUAACCAUUCUCUAGUGGAGGAGAUCCAAAGCUACCUGAGAACAGUAAGUCUCUCUGGAGCCAACCUGUCACCUGCACAGUGGUCAGCUCUGGUCUUUGUGUUGCUGACUUCAGAAAAGGAGCUGGAUGUGUUUGACCUGAAAAAAUUCUCCAGAUCAGAGGAAGGUCUUCUGAGGCUGCUGCCAGUGGUCAAAGCCUCCAGAGCUGUCCUACUGUCACGCUGUCUAGUCACAGAGGAAGGCUGUGCUUCUCUGGUCUCAGCUUUGAGGUCAAACCCCUCACACCUGAGAGAGCUGGACCUGAGCUACAAUCACACAGGAGUCUCAGGAGUCAGACUGCUCUCUGCUGGACUGGAGGAUCCACACUGCAGACUGGAGAAACUCAAUGUGGAACAUGGUGGAGAGAACACAAUGAAACCUGGGCUUAGAAAAUGUGAGUGUUGACUGCUGUGAAGAAUAUGACUAAGAAUAAAUCUUAAUUCAAGUUAAGUCAAAGACCACCAUCAUUACUUACUUGGUCAUAUUAAAUAUCAGCUGUAGUUCUACAGAAGCAGAAAUCAGGGACACCAACGUUUAAAA